GUACAUCAAGUGGUUUUUAAUUUAAAUAGAUUUAACAUUUGAAUUAUUCAAUUCAAAGAAAAAGAACGACAUUCUUGACUAAUACUUAUUAAUCAGUAGUUUUGCUCAGUUAUUUUUCUCACUUUUGUAUGUAUGCUCAACCGGACCGAAACUUGAUGGUCAGAGAAUAAAAGAUAAUAGUCUAGUAGUACUUUUGUGUUUUGUCUUCACUACCUACUACUUUAUUCUGACGCAUGGAACGCCAUUAAUAUAGCAGAGCUCAAGAGAAAACUCUAUCGUGUGUCUCAUUUACUUCAAAAGAAAGCCCAUAAAGAAAAAGAUAAGGUAGAGAGAUGAAGAAAUCGGAGCUUAUCUUCAUCCCACUCCCGGAGACCGGCCAUCUUUUGUCAACGAUCGAAUUCGGAAAGCGUUUGCUGGAUCUCGACCGUCGGAUCUCAAUGAUCACAAUCCUCUCCAUGAAGCUCCCUUACGCUCCUCACGCAGACGCUUCCUUGGCCUCCCUCACAGCCUCGGAGCCUGGUAUCAGACUCAUCAGCCUCCCGGAGAUCCAAGACCCGCCUCCCAUCAAGCUCCUCGACACUUCCUCCGAGACUUACAUCAUCGACUUCGUCGCCAAGAACAUACCCUUCCUCAGAAAAACCAUCCAAGACUUGGUCUCAUCUUCGGCACAAGACUCAAACCAUGUCGCAGGAUUGAUUCUCGACUUCUUCUGCGUCGACUUGAUCGACGUCGGACGUGAGGUAAACCUUCCUUCGUAUAUCUUCAUGACCUCCAACUUCGGUUUCUUGGGGUUCCUACAGUAUCUACCGGAACGGCACCGUUUGGUUUCUUCGAAGGAGUUUGAAGAGAGCUCCGGAGAGGAAGAGUUGCCGAUUCCGGCGUUCUUGAACCGUGUUCCGGCUAAGGUUCUGCCGCCUGGUGUGUUUGACAAACUCUCUUACGCAACUCUGGUCAAAAUCGGCGAGCGGUUAGCCCAAGCCGAGGGUAUUUUGGUCAACUCGUUCUCAGAAGUUGAGCCGUAUGCUGUUGAACAUUUUUCGCGUGGAGAUUACCCGCGUGCUUAUCCUGUUGGGCCGGUUCUUAACUUAACGGGCCGUACUAAUCCUGGCUUAGCUUCGGCCCAACACGGAGAAAUGAUGAAGUGGCUUGACCAGCAGCCAGACUCGUCGGUUUUGUUCCUGUGUUUUGGGAGCAUGGGAGUGUUCAGUGCACCUCAGAUCAAAGAGAUUGCUCACGCCCUCGAGCUCGUAGGGUGCAGGUUCAUCUGGGCGGUUCGUACGAACAUGGAGGGAGACGGCGAUCCUCACGAGCCGCUUCCAGAAGGAUUCGUGGAACGAACAAUGGGCCGUGGAAUCGUGUGUAGUUGGGCUCCACAAAUAGAUAUCUUGGCCCAUAAGGCAACCGGUGGAUUCGUGUCUCAUUGCGGGUGGAAUUCUAUACAGGAGAGUCUUUGGUACGGCGUACCUAUCGCCACCUGGCCAAUGUACGCUGAACAACAGCUGAACGCGUUCGAGAUGGUGAAAGAGCUGGGCUUAGCCGUGGAGAUAAGACUUGAUUAUGUUGCUGACGGUGAUAGGGUGACGCUUGAGAUCGUGUCAGCUGGUGAAAUAGCCACCGCCAUCAGAUCUUUGAUGGAUGGUGAUAAUCCUAUCAGAAAGAAGGUUAGAGAUAUUAUGUUAGCAGCGAGGAAAGCUGUUAGCAACGGUGGUUAUUCGAUGGUGGCCACCGGAGAUUUUAUCAAAGAUAUUCUUGGGGAUCACGUUUGAUUCAUCCUCCAUUGGAACCAAUGUUAUCAAUAAUGUAUAAGUAAACCAAGUUGUUACGAAAACUUAAAUAAGCAAACACUAUUUGAUUGUGAUUGU